CCAACUCUCAUGCUUAGCUGUAUGACUUUGGGCAAGUCUCUGUACAUUCCUGAGCCUCAUAUUCCUGAAGUGUAAAAUUAAGGGGUUGAUCUAGAUCAGCGGUUCUCAACCUGUGGUUUGUAGAAAUGAGAAUACAUCAUGCAUAUCAGGUAUUUACAUUCUGAAUUAUAACUGUAGCAAAAUUACAGUUUUGAAGUAGCCACCAAAAUAAUUUUUUGGUUUGGGGUCACUGCAACAUGAGGAACUGUAUUGCGGGGUCAUGGCAUUAGAAAGGUUGAGAACCACUGAUCUAGAUGGUCUUGGAGGUACCUUCCACUUUAGCUCUAUGAUCUUCUUUGUCUCCUUCUCCCACAUGAGAAGAUUGAGGUUGAGGGAAGUUAAAAAACUUGCUCAAGAUCAUAUGACUUGUAAGGAACAGAGCAAAGACUUGGAACCCAAGCUUCUUGACUCCUAGACCCAAAAUUAAUUCUCAUAAAACUUUAAAAGAAAAACAAAAAAAGAAAAGAAAAGAAAAGCAGGGAGUAGCUAGGUGGCUCAGUAGAGAGAGUCCUAGAAAUAGGCAGUCUUGGGUUCAAAUUUGGCCUCUGACACUUCCUAGCUAGGUGACCCUGGGCAAGUCACUUAACUCCCAUUGCCUAGAAAUUACCUCUCUUCUGCCUUGGAACCAAAACACAGUACUGAUUCUAAGAUGGAAGGUAUGGGUUAAAAAAAAAGAAGCAAAAAAAAAGGAAAAGAAAAACAGAACAUUUGUUGGAUGUGGGAAGAAAGAAGAUGGAGCCAAUACACCCCCCCCUCACCCUUCCCUACUCAAUUAGCUCUCCCAUUUUAUCUCUUAUCUCUUAUCUUUUUCCUUUCUUUUCUGGAUUGAUUCCAAACACUCACAUAAUUUCCCAUAUCUGGUUCAUUUUUUGAGUGAAAAUAUUAGGGAAAGUGAGGGCCAGAAUUAUGCAAGCAAAAAUAAUAGUUGAUUCUUAGAUUGGUAGAAUAAAAUGGAUGGAAGCAGAUUUCAUAGAGGGUAACAAGAAAGCAGCCUUUCCAUAACAAUAUGCCCAGAUGUCAUUCAUUUUGAAAGGAGAAGAGAGUCAUCAUGAUAUAAUAGAUAGAGGCUUCAAAGCCAGGAAAAGCCUGGGUUCAAUGUCUGCCUCUCUUAUAUACUAGCUGUGUGAACUUGGGAAAGUAAUUUAGCUUCAGUACUGCCAAACAACUUUCUAAAACUACAAUUUGCAGAGAUGGUGUUGACUUGCAUUGAUAAAGUUCCUCCUCCUCAGAGUUCCCUAUAUUGGUGAGGAAUUCCAGUCCCUACAUAGAAAUAAAGGCAGAAUCAUCGUAUUUCCUCUCUCUCUCUCCCUCUCUCUCUCUCUCUCUCUCUCUCUCUCUCUCUCUCUCUCUCUCUCUCUCUCUCUCUCUCUCUCUCUCUCUCUCUCUCUCUCCCUCUCUCUCUCUCUCCCUCUCUCUCCCUCCUUCUGUCUCUUUCUUUCUCUCUGUCUCUGUCUCUCUGUCUCUCUCUCUGUCUCUCUUUCUUUCUCUCUCUGUCUCUCUCUCUCUCUCUCUGUCCUUCUUUCUCUGUCUCUGUCUCUAUCUCUCUCUGUCUCUCUCUCUCUGUCUCUCUCUGUCUCUCUGUCUCUCUCUCUCUCCUCUCUCUGCCUCUAUCGGGCUUCCUCUCUCCUCCUUCUCUCUGUCUUUUAUCGGUCUCCUUUUCCAUUUCUCCUGUGUCUGACUCUUUCUGUUUCUUUAUCUCUCUCGCUGCCUUUUUCUAUCUUUAUGUUUCUCUCUUCUUUCCCUGGCUCUUGAUUUUAAGUCUUACUAACUCUUUAAAUACCCAUGGAAGGGACACUAUAUUAAAGCCAUCAUUCUUUUUUUUUAACCCUUACCCUCUGCUUUAGAAUCUAGAGUAGGUAUUGGUUUCAAGGCAAAAGAGUAGUAAGGGCUUCACAGUUGGGGCUAAGUGACUUGCCCAGGGUCAUCCAAUUAGGAACUAAGACCAGCAUUCUUGGGCUGAAUUAAUGGGAGUGGGGAGUGGUGGAAAAAAGUAAGUUCAAAGCCCUCCAAAGAUCCCUUGAAAUUUAAACUUGUCUCUGUUUUAGUUGUCAAUCAAUCAGAAGACUCAAAUUGUGGAUCCUAGUUCUAAGGUUCCCUUUUGUUUUAAAUUCCUCAUCUGUUAAAGGAGUGAGAUUGACCUCUAUCACCUGUGAGGUACUUUCCAGCUCUAAAUCUGUCUUUCUAUGAGAUUCCUACCUAGAAAAGAUUGAUUUUUUCAGAGAACAGAUUUGUAAGGUUUAAUGUUAAUGGGAAAAGGCUUCUUUGGCUUCAGCUGUUGUUGGAAUCUACAACUACACUUCUGGGAAAAGCUCAAGGUCACAUAUCAUUGACUGAGCUUACUGUUACCCAUGAGAAAACACAUGUGCAUAUCAGCAAAUUGGGACUAAAUAAAAUAUUUUCUAUAAAAUAGCUUAUCAUCACAUGCAUGCAGCUAAUAGUGCGCCAGCCUUCAUAGACAAAAAUGACGUCAUUGACUUUCCGAAAUUUGCUAUUUUGAGUUUCUAGUAGUAGGGAAGGGGUGUUUCCAAACCGUUCAUAUUCACUCAUUGAUUCUUAUUGUAAAAACCCAUGUUGAGUAGCUAGGUGGCUCAAAGGAUUGAGAGCCAGGCCUAGAGACAGGGGGUCCUGGGUUCAAAUCUGAUCUCAGAUACUUCCUAGCUGUAUGAUCCUGGGCAAGUCACUUAACUGCCAUUGUCUAGCCCUUAUCACUCUUCUGCCUUAGAACCAAUAUGCAGUAUUGACUCUAAGUCUGAAGGUAAGGGUUAUGAAAUAUGUACAUUUCAUUUCACUACUGCUAGAUGAGCAUGCUCGGAUGUCAGGUUUUCCUUUAUGUAAAGUUAAAUCUAAGACAGAAAUUCUUAACUUUUUGUGAGUAUGAUGGACUCCUUGAUCAAUCUGGUGAAACCCACAGACCCUUUGGUCAAUCUGGUGAAACCUAUGGACUCCCUGGUCAGUGGAGUGAAACUUAUGGCCCCAUUUGGACAAUUUGGUGACACCUAUGAAUCCUUUGGUCAAUCUAGUGAAACCUAUGAACCCCUUCUCAGAAGAAUGUUUUAAAGGGAUAAAAUACACAUGAUUACAAAGGAAAAUAAUAAUUCUAAUAGAGAGAGAUAAAUUUUUGCCCAUCUAAAUUCAUGGACCCUGGGAAAUAUGUCCACAAAUCUCUAGUUAAGAACCCUUGAUUCUAUGACAUUUGUUUCAUUAGUGCUAAUUCUAGGGGAAUACAAGCUAAUGAUCUCAUAAUUUCCUUAAUGCAAAUCUCCUAGGAUUAGAGCUUUUACAAAAACCAAUCCUUGAAGUAACUGUGCCUGACAAGGGAACAGUCAGUCUCAUCAUCAAUGGACUUCUUUGCUAAUUUCCUCUAUUGGUUAACAAGAGAAGAACCAGCUAUAGAGAAAGGCAGAGAAGUGUGACCUAAGAAGACGCCUCAGGCAUCAGGAUGAAGCGGGUCUACCUCCUCUCUGCCAUCUGCACCUACUACCACUUUUUCUUUUUGGCAGCUGUAGCCCAGAAGGGUUCAGCAGACAUUCUCUUAUCUAGUUCCUAUGGACUAGAAUGUGGAGAAUCAGGGCCAUGUUUUGAUCCCUGCAAUAACCACACGACACUUUCUGAGCCCUGGAGAAGCAUGGACCAAGAGAGUAGCAAGAAGAUAUGUGAUGUCUUUAAAGAAGGCUGGUACCGGUUUUCUGGUCCAGGUGGGGUACGGAUACCAGAGAAGUGUGUGCCAGUCAAUAGAUGUGGCACAGAUUCCCCUAUGUGGCUGAAUGGGACCCACCCAUCAAAAGAGGAAGGUAUUGUUAGUCGAAAUGCCUGUGCUCACUGGAGUGAUAAUUGUUGCCUCUGGAGCACAGAGGUGAAGGUGAAGGCUUGUGAGAGAGGAUUCUAUGUCUACAAGCUAAAUGGAACUCCUGAGUGUGAUCUGGCAUACUGUACAGACCCCAACACUACUGAUACAACAGAGCCGGAGACAGAAUGUGAUCUCCAGUGUCCCCCUCAAGAGGAAUGCCGAGUUGUCAAUGGCACCCAAGGCUGUUACUGUAGACAAGACCUCAACAUUUCUGAUACUGCCAGCUUGCGCCCUCUACUGCAUUGUGGAGCCAAUGACAUCAAAGUAUCCCUGAACAAGUGCCAACUGGAGAGAUUGGGGUUCAGGAAUGGAGAGGUGAUAGCUUACCUCAAAGACAGUAACUGCACUGGGAUUUUGGAGAAGGAUGAGGAGAGCUGGCUGUCGGUGGUGAACCCAACAAAGGUUGGAGUAUGCGGAACAACUCUGGAGAGAAAUACAACUCAUGCUAUCUAUAAGAACACCUUAACAUUGGCCAAGCAGUUCUUUAUCAUCAGAGACGACACCAUCAACAUUGACUUUCAGUGUGCCUACCCCCUGGAUAUGAAAGUCAGUCUCCAAACAGCUAUGCAGCCCAUUGUCAGUUCUCUGAACAUCAGUGCCACUGGCUCAGGCGAUUUCCUGGUGAGAAUGGCUCUCUUCCAAGACCAGAAUUACACUUCUCCUUAUGAAGGUUCCAUUGCUGUAUUGUCUAUUGAGUCCAUGCUCUAUGUGGGUGCUGUUUUAUAUCAAGGGGAUACCAGCCAGUUCAACCUACUGCUGAAGAACUGUUAUGCCACACCUACUAAAGAUCAAACUGAUCCCCUGAAGUAUUUCAUCAUUAGGAAUAGCUGCCCAAACAUAUAUGAUUCAACCAUCAGAGUAGAAGAGAAUGGAGUGUCCACAGAAGGUCGCUUUUCAGUUCAAAUGUUUAUGUUUGCUGGGAAUCAUGACCUUGUCUACCUUCACUGUGAAGUUCAUCUCUGUGACAAUGUCAAAGAAAAAUGUCGUCCAUCUUGCUCUGGAAUUCAACACCGAAGUGAAGUUACCAUCAAUCCAGCUCAUGUUCUGGAUUUGGGUCCUAUUGCCCGGAGAGCAGGUUCCCCAUCUCUUCCUGAAGCAAAUGGAGUCACCAGGCCCUUAGGGUUCCUGACAUUCUGGCCAGGACUGUUGCUUUCUGUCCUUGGGAUUUUGCUGUUCCAUUAAUCUAGCUGGGUAUCAUAUUCUUGCCUCUAGAAUAUAUCAGAUGAAGCUCACUCAUCCUGGACAUUGCCGUUUAAUUCUUCAAAGGACAUAGAGAAGAUGGUUUGAAAAUAGUAAUCAAAUAGGGACAAGUAGGUAGUAUCUCUUAUAAAAUUAGCAGAAGUAGUCAGGGCUUUUAUCUUCUUUCACUUUCAAUAGAAGAACUUUCAACUAGGGACUUCCUAUAUCUGUUGUGGUCUUUGCCUCCUCAUUUAGCAGUAUGGCAGAACCUGUAAGGAGGAACCUUUGGGUGCCUGCCAUGGUAUAGAGUUUGUGUGCUGGACCAGGGUUUUUAGCUCUAACUGAUCCUGAAUCCAGGAAUGACACAAAGAUCCUCUGAUGAAAGGGCUUGACUCCAGUAGAGGGGGAGGUGAGCUGACUUAUUUACUGGGGCUAAUUGGUUAUGAAUAUAUGAUCUAAAGGUGAACUAGGGGGGCAGUUCCCUAUGAUGCACCCCCAUCUAUGUUACACUAUGAAAUGAACUCAGACUUAAGUGUUAAGAUGAAGUAGAGUAGAGCUGAGGAGGCCAAUGAAUCACUUCCUACUUCCAAAUGCUUGCCAUUACCCCUGAUUCUGGGUAAUGAGACUAUAGUGUAAUAAGCAACUACCAAUGUGGAAUCCAGCCUGGUUAUAGGGAAAACAUUAAUAAACAUCCCUCAAGCAUAUGACCCAGGUGGCCUGAAUGGACAUGUUCAUUACUCACAGACCCCAAAAUGAGGGAAAGCAGAGGAAGUCAAAUGUAGUAAUUAUUUGAAGCUCCCAGACUUGAUUUUUCACUGUGUGACCUUGUAUAAUGGGUAAAAGAUGAAAUGACUAAGGAAAUAAAAGUUUGAUCUUCCUGAGUA